AUGGUUUUAUUAGAAAAUGAUGUGUUUUUGAGUGAACUCACUAGGUUAUUUGAAAAGUCACGGCUGUCAGGUUCUGUAGCUGUAACUAUUAAAAGAUUCAAUGGUCACAACAAACCGGAACCCAGAGAAGGCAACCCACCUUUACCAAAACCAACAGAGUAUCUCUGUUUAGUACGAGCUAAAUUACAUUCGAAAAAAAUUUCUACUGUUAUUCAUUCCAAGGAUGUAAAUAAAUUCCAGCAGGCGUACUGGAAUCUACUGAAAGCUAAUAUAAAUGGACUGAAAAAAUUAAAAAAAGUAAAAAGCGCAAAGCCUAAAGCUCAUUAA